GGAACGCAACUUCCGGGCCGGCAGCGUCCAGGGAGUCGCGGAGGUCGCCGUGGGGAGGCCCGCGGGCCGGGCGCGCGGGGCCAUGUGGCGGGUGCUGGCUCGCGCAGGAGCGCCGCUCCUGCGAACGCAGCUGUCAGAUUCCUGGGUCGCCCCGCCCGCCAGUGCUGGCCUGAAGACGCUGCUCCCGGUGCCAACUUUUGAGGAUGUUUCCCUUCCUGAAAAGCCCAAGCUUAGAUUUGUUGAAAGGGUACCACUUGUGCCAAAAGUGAGAAGGGAACCUAAGAACUUGAGUGACAUACGGGGACCUUCUACCGAAGCCACCGAGUUCACAGAAGGCAGUUUUGCAAUCUUGGCACUGGGUGGUGGUUACCUCCACUGGGGCCAUUUUGAAAUGAUGCGCCUGACAAUCAACCGCUCUAUGGACCCCAAGAACAUGUUUGCUUUAUGGAGAGUACCAGCCCCUUUCAAGCCCAUCACCCGCAAGGGUAUGGGACAGCGCAUGGGGGGAGGCAAAGGUGCCAUUGAUCACUACGUGACUCCUGUGAAGGCCGGUCGGCUCAUCGUAGAGCUGGGUGGGCGUUGUGAAUUCAAAGAGGUGCAAGGUUUCCUCGACCAGGUCGCCCACAAGCUGCCCUUCGCAGCAAAGGCUGUGAGCCGUGAGACUCUAGAGAAGAUGCGGAAAAAUCAAGAGGAACGAGAACAGAACAACCAAAACCCCUGGACCUUUGAGCGCAUAGCCACUGCCAACAUGCUGGGGAUUCGCAAAGUCCUGAGCCCGUACGACUUGACCCAGAAGGGGCGGUACUGGGGCAAGUUCUUUAUGCCUGAACGCGUGUAGUGAGAGUGGGAGAACUAAAUGCACAAAGGCUGCUGAGAAGGAACGUACGCUUUUAUUCCCCUCGGCCCACCCGAGUUUUCGGAGCAGCCUACGAGCAAACGAGUUCUGAAAGGUUGUACGGUAUCUGCUGAUUUUUUUAAGUGCGUUAUAUUUACAUCAAAUAAAGUUUGAGCAUCAUCUCAGGAAAUAACUUCUUGGUCACUCCCAAUCCUUACACGGUCAGGAGGCCGGCCUGUUAGGGGGUCGGGUUCUCCCUGGCUGUAAGGUGGAUGUCGUCAGGCUGAAUCAUCCUCCGCCUCCCAGCACGGGCGCACCGUGGACUUAGUGUCUGUGGGUUUCCCUGCCAUACGAAAGUUUGCUUCACGUCGCUUCACUUUUACCAAAUAGCUACGUUAGUGAGUGUUUUUCUUGAACUGGAAGAAAUCUGAAGAGGAUUUUCGCUCUUCACAAAUGGCAAUUACUUUGCCGUACAUUUUUCAGCUUCGGAGCGCUCCACUUUCAGACAGCGGGGAACUCUGCUACCUGUAACAUGUACACGCUUUGCAGGCCAGCUCACAAACAUUUUUGGAAAAUCAAAGAAAGAAACAGCGGGACACCCCUGAAUUGACUGAACAGAUGUUUAUUUAUGCCCAGCUACCCAUCUCUCAGUCACCAUCCCCCAAAGUGGGGGUGCUGGACAGGAAGAUAAGGAACACACCCUUGCCCCUUAACACAAGGACUAGUAAAAGUUGAAGCUGGGCUUUCCUAGGUCUGGCGUUCUCUGA